GUGCAGUUGCCCGGAGGCCCCGGGGGCUCGCGCGUCGCGGCGUCGGGGAAGCGGUAGCAACCACUCUCCUCCCGCUGGCUGCUUCUUAUGACUUUUCUUUUGUUGUUGCUGUGACCCGGGUCUGUUUUCUCCUCUGUUGUUUAAGGUGUUUUCCUGCUGCACCGGCUCUACGCCCUCCACCUCCUUCCCUGUGGUUUUAACCUUCCUCUUUCCCCGUGUGUUUUAUGCACGGCGAACUACGUAAAGAUUUGCAUUGCUUCCCCACUCGGCACCCCCGCCCCCACCUCUCUGAAAAACCAAACCCCAACCUCACAAAACCUCUAUGGAUCCGCGGUAGCGAGACGUGAAGGGGUUGAUUUGUGGAGUGGGAGUCGCUGGCCCAUUGCGGUGCUUGGGACUCAUUAAACUGUCACUCACCCCCCACCCCACUGGGUAAAUGGGGUGAUUAAUGUCUGAUAUAUUGGAAUGGGUCGAGGGCAUUUGUGGAGAAUAGGUGGUGUGGCUGGGAGGAAAUUGAUCUCCCAAAGAUGUCUCCUGGACUAAGCGUUCAUAAUUAUGUCACUCACCGCGAAGUUGGAGAAAGUUAGGUUUGUGACUUUGGGAAAGCGAGAAGGACAGGACGGAGUCGUCGGGUUUUGUUACUCUUUAACUCUCCGCCACGGCUUUCUAAUGGGAACGAAGUGGUUAUCACCAGGGCUGGGACGCUGGCACCUCAGGCCCGAGUUCCUUUUCUACCCCUCGCCCUCCCAAGAGUCUGAGGAGAUGUAUUUGACAUUCAGAGAUGUCGCAGCACCCUGCCCGGCACCGGUCAGCCCAGCCUGGGUCGCAUUACAGUUUCAUCAGCUAUUAGAAAAGACCCACAAACUGGCUGAAAAGUUCUCAAACUUACUAGACCUGGCUUCCCCCCACACACAGAUUUUCUUGUGAUCAUAAACAUUACAGAGUGACCCCCCCCCCCCAAAAAAAAGAUUGUUAAGGGACACAGAUCAAGGGGAAGGCAAGGUUCUGCUUUUUCUGAGCAGAAAGAUCAGAUAUGCAGGUGCAGCAUUCAUUUUAAGUGACUGUAGCAGGUUGUAUCAGUUUAUUAAUUGGUCUCGUUGAACUGAAGUACUUUCCAGGAUUUCAGAAAGUGCAGUUUCAGCUUGUUGGUACCGAGAAUUGAAAUUUGCAUUGACUGUGGCAGUGUAAGAAAUUUUUCUGAGAAGGUAGUUGUAGAUAAGUAAUUAAAUAAGAGUGAAAUAAUAAGGUGAACCAGUCUGAAGUAAUAGUUUUGAACAAGUCUGCCAACAUUUGAGACAUGUAUACCAUUAUCUCAGCAGAAAAAAAUUAAAAAGUGCGGUAAUAAUGUUGAAAUGGGACUGGAGAUGUCAAAUGGGUUGGUUUAAAAAUAUCCCUAAACUGCCUUAGAAACUAAACGUUGGAGUUGAAUAAAAGUGAAUCUGGAUUUCCUGAAUAGCACCGUGGCUUGAGUGUGCUGUCAGUAUGUAAGCCAGUCCACCAACUUAAGACAGAAGUGUUGCUAUUCCAUAAAUACAGUAGAACUCCAUAUGCUGAGUUUUUCAAUUUCUUCUGUUAGAAAGUUUGGAAAAAAAGGAAGACUUUGAAGUAUUUUGUUUAUACUAACAGAAGAGAAAAGUUCUCCUAAGAAAAAGCUGGUGGCAGGAGUGUAGAGGAGUAGCAUAUGGCAUUAAAAGGAGCACAGCUGGAGGUAGCAUUUCCAUCUGAACAUGAUGUCAGAGCAGCUGACAGCCUGCCAUCCCUCAGCCUUUUAUUCUAACACACAGACAGGGAGUUAGUGUGUGCGGAUCUGUGGUGGAGAAGGUAUCUCAUUCCUCUCUAACAUCAUCUCCACUUUGCAUCUGUCUCUCUUAGUCUGCUUUUUUUCCACCGAUGUAACAGACCUGGAGCCAGCAGGACUCAGAGGAAAGGACUUAAUCAGGUUUAUGUGUCCUAAAGCUCCUUCUGAUCUCGUACAUGUGUGCUAUACCUGCAAAUCUGAAGGCAUUAACAUCUGUUUUUAUACACAGGGCUUUUGUUGUAACACCCUGACUUUAAAAGUUAUGAAGACAGUAUGGAGUUUCCAGACCAUAGUAGACAUUUGCUGCAGUGUCUGAGCGAGCAGAGACACCAGGGUUUUCUUUGUGACUGCACUGUUCUGGUGGGAGAUGCCCAGUUCCGAGCGCACCGAGCUGUACUGGCUUCAUGCAGCAUGUAUUUCCACCUCUUUUACAAGGACCAGCUGGACAAAAGAGACAUUGUUCAUCUGAACAGCGACAUUGUUACAGCCCCCGCUUUCGCUCUCCUGCUUGAAUUCAUGUAUGAAGGGAAACUCCAGUUCAAAGACUUGCCCAUUGAAGACGUGCUAGCAGCUGCCAGUUAUCUCCACAUGUAUGACAUUGUCAAAGUCUGCAAAAAGAAGCUGAAAGAGAAAGCCAGCACGGAGGCAGACAGCACCAAAAAGGAAGAAGAUGCUUCAAGUUGUUCGGACAAAGUCGAGAGUCUGUCCGAUGGCAGCAGCCACAUGGCAGGCGAUCUGCCCAGUGAUGAAGAUGAAGGAGAAGAUGAAAAAUUGAACAUCCUGCCCAGCAAAAGGGACUUGGCGGCCGAGCCUGGGAACAUGUGGAUGCGAUUGCCCUCAGACUCAGCAGGCAUCCCCCAGGCUGGCGGAGAGGCAGAGCCACACGCCACAGCAGCUGGAAAAACAGUAGCCAGCCCCUGCAGCUCAACAGAGUCUUUGUCCCAGAGGUCUGUCACCUCCGUGAGGGAUUCGGCAGAUGUUGACUGUGUGCUGGACCUGUCUGUCAAGUCCAGCCUUUCAGGAGUUGAAAAUCUGAACAGCUCUUAUUUCUCUUCACAGGACGUGCUGAGAAGCAAGCUGGUGCAGGUGAAGGUGGAGAAAGAGGCUUCCUGUGAUGAGAGUGAUGUUGGCACUAAUGACUAUGACAUGGAACAUAGCACUGUGAAAGAAAGUGUGAGCACUAAUAACAGGGUACAGUAUGAGCCGGCCCAUCUGGCUCCCCUGAGGGAGGACUCGGUCUUGAGGGAGCUGGACCGGGAGGACAAAGCCAGCGAUGAUGAGAUGAUGACCCCAGAAAGCGAGCGUGUCCAGGUGGAGGGAGGCAUGGAGAGCAGUCUGCUCCCCUACGUCUCCAAUAUCCUGAGCCCCGCGGGCCAGAUCUUCAUGUGCCCCCUGUGCAACAAGGUCUUCCCCAGCCCCCACAUCCUGCAGAUCCACCUGAGCACGCACUUCCGCGAGCAGGACGGCAUCCGCAGCAAGCCUGCCGCCGAUGUCAACGUGCCCACGUGCUCGCUGUGUGGGAAGACUUUCUCUUGCAUGUACACCCUCAAGCGCCACGAGAGGACUCACUCGGGGGAGAAGCCCUACACAUGCACCCAGUGCGGCAAGAGCUUCCAGUACUCGCACAACCUGAGCCGCCACGCCGUGGUGCACACCCGCGAGAAGCCGCACGCCUGCAAGUGGUGCGAGCGCAGGUUCACGCAGUCCGGGGACCUGUACAGACACAUCCGCAAGUUCCACUGUGAGUUGGUGAACUCCUUGUCGGUCAAAAGCGAAGCACUGAGCUUGCCUACUGUCAGAGACUGGACCUUAGAAGAUAGCUCUCAAGAACUUUGGAAAUAAUUUUAUAUAUAUAUAAAUAAUAUAUAUAUAUAUAUAUAUACAUAUAUAUAAAUAGAUCUCUAUAUAGUUGUGGUACGGUCUAAAAGCAGUCUUGUUUCCUGGAAAUAAAAAGUUGGGAUAUUAACUUGUUUUUGCACUUUAGAAUAGCAUGAGAAUCUCACUAAUUUAGCAUUCUGAUAAAAGAAACUUUAGAGCAAGUCAGAAUAGAGAGGUGUUUUUCCUUUGAGGGGGUAGGGGAAGUAAGCCAAUAAUAACCUUUUAAACAAAUCGUCCUGUCACAAAAUGCUUUCAUAUGGCUUAAUUUUGUCAACACUGCAUUGUCUUUUGAGCUCUUUUUUUCCCCCCCAACAAAGUUUUUUUUUUUUUUUUAAAGUAGAAAUUCCCUCCAGUUUUAUUAGCCUCUUUAUAUGUCUCAAAUUGCAUGAAUUUUUUCUGGCUGUUGGAAACCUGAAUGCUUUUAGACCCAAAUGGAAAAUUUCUGAAAUGCUGGAUUAUCUAUUUUUAAACAAGCAGUUGACUUAAAACUUUCUGUGGCAACUUCUGGUUUUCUGACGGUUCCCAGUGAGAGAAAUGCUGAAAGUACACUGGGAUCACUGGGACACUGUCUUAUGAAGGUUUGCUUGGGAUGAAAAAGGAUAUUGCAGCUUCAGCAGUGUUGAACUGUGUUUAAAAUGUGAAUUACUGUUAUUGUAUACUGUAAUUGAUUACAUGGGCUGGGGGGGUGUCAAAGAACUUGACAGGUUGUGUUGAUGCUCUUAGUUGAGUCUUGAAAAGUAAAUAUUAACGCUACAGAAAUGCAUGAGUUUCAAUAUAUUUUUUGUCUUUGUUUGCAUUGUAUAACUUUAACGAGUGAGUUUAAAAUUAUUUAAUUUCCUUAGAAAAAUAGCACCAUUUGGAAAAAAAACUGGUGUUAUGAAGAACGUAAAUGCACUGUUUUUAUUUUUAUUUUAUAUAAUUUAAAUUGACUUUCCCACUGUCUUUAAGUUGAAACUGUUAAGCUGAAUAAAAACUUAAGCUGCAAAUUGAUAACUUCGCUACAUAACAAGGAAAAUAUAAAUGUUUACAAACAGCUUAAAGAUUGCAUGUGCAGUGUGCAUUUAUAACAAACUUCUAAUUGCACAAAACCCAUGCCAGCUCAGAGUUUAGGUGUACACAUUUACCCAGUUGAGCAUUUUUAGAAUAACUACUGCACAAGUUGACAAUAGGUCAUUCUCUCUUUUUUUUUGUUUGCUCCCUUUUUCUUUUUCUCCCCUUCUUCCUUACCCUCCCUCCCUUACUCUCCCCCCCACCACCCUCCACCCCCAACUCAUGAAAAGAUUCUAUGGACUGAAAAAGCCCCAGGCUGAAAGGACUGGACUGCCUUGAUUGACAUGGGGAAGGGGGUUAGUAGACUAUGUGGAUUGCGGCAGCAGAGGCUGCAGCCUAACGUGUGGUUUUAAUGACCAGCACGCAAGGCAAAAGCAUUUUGCACAGUGUUUGUUUUCCUGUCUUGCACUUACAAAUAAGGUCUAUGGGAGUAGCAUGGAAAACGUUUGCUGUUUUUCCCUUUUUUUUUUUUAAUUGCUUUUGUUUAAAAUUUGAUCGCCUUAACUACUGUAAACAUAGCCUAUUUUUGUGCUUAAGAUACUGAAUGGAAAACUCCAUUGUGUGUUGCUGGACUGUUUUGGAAAUAUUUGGUUAAAUGUGUGUUAAUUUGGCUGUAAUGGCAUUUAAAGCAAACAAACAAACAAAAAAAGCUGUGAAAAUGGCCUUGGAGCAUUAUCUUUAGUUACUUGAAGAGUUUCUAGUUUUUUUAAAAUACAGUUUAUGUUAAAAUAAUUUUUAUUAAUUUAGAGAAGACAAUCAAUGUCUGUGAGAAAACGGACUUUCUUUUGGAUUUUCUUUUUGUGGUCAUUGUGAGUGAUUGCUUUUUCCUUUUCUUAGUUUCACAUUCUUCCUUUGUUCUAAAACUUAGACUGACAUCUAGCUUUGACAAUCAUAGUAUGUUUUAUUUUCCUGAGGGGGGAAUAACUUAUAAUGCUGUUUAGUUUUGUACUAUUGGUGUGUUGGUGAAUUUUUAAACUGUGUGCUAACUGCAAUAAAUUAUAUGAACUGAGAA